AUUUCACUUGGUUACAGCUUGACUGAGGAUUUUAAUCAUUUGGAACCACACUGCAAAAAAACUCCCCCUGCAUUCAACUGUUAGCUGAUAAUCACUAACUUUGGGCAUGUCAACUUUGGCAUCCAGCAACAAUGGUCCUUUCUGAGAUGUCAUCUGUGAUUCAGCUGUUUAGAACAUAAUGAAGUUGGUAACUCUUUGACAAUGUGGAGGAAUCAUGACAGAAAAUGUGGUUUGUACUGGGAGCGUCAAUGCUGUAAAGGAAGUUUGGGAAAAAAGAAUAAAGAAACACAAUGAAGACCUGAAGAGAGAGAAGGAAUUUCAACACAAGCUAGUGCGUAUCUGGGAAGAAAGAGUAAGCUUAACCAAGCUAAAAGAAAAGGUCACCAUGGUAGAUGGAAGAGUUGUUUUGAAGAUAGAAAAUGAGGAAUGGAAGACCCUUCCUUCUUCUCUACUGAAACUGAAUCAGCUACAGGAAUGGCAGCUUCAUAGAACUGGUUUGUUAAAAAUUCCUGAAUUCAUUGGAAGAUUCCAGAACCUCAUUGUGUUAGAUUUAUCUCGAAACACAAUUUCAGAGAUACCUCGAGGAAUUGGACUGCUCACUGGACUUCAGGAACUGAUUCUUAGCUACAACAAAAUCAAGUCUGUCCCCAAGGAACUAAGUAAUUGUGCCAGUUUGGAGAAACUAGAACUGGCUGUUAACAGAGAUAUAUGUGAUCUUCCACAAGAGCUCAGCAAUCUGUUAAAACUUACUCACCUUGAUUUGAGUAUGAACAACUUUACUACAAUCCCUCCUGCUGUGUUAAACAUGCCUGCCCUUGAGUGGCUGGACAUGGGAAGCAACAGACUAGAACAACUUCCUGACACUAUUGAAAGAAUGCAAAGUCUGCAUACAUUAUGGCUGCAACGGAAUGAAAUAGUAUGCUUGCCAGAAACAAUCAGCAAUAUGAAAAAUCUGGGUACUAUUGUUCUUAGCAACAAUAAACUGCAAGAUAUUCCAGUAUGCAUGGAGAAAAUGGUGAAUCUGAGGUUUGUCAACUUCAGAGACAACCCACUGAAAUUGGAAGUAACACUUCCUCCCAGUGAGAACAUAGAUGAAGAGGAUCGGGAAUUAUUUGGCCUUCAGUUUAUGCACACAUACAUACAGGAGUCUCGGAGAAAAGCAGAUCACCAAGUCAACUGUUUGACUACUUUACCAAUUCCUACAAAUACUGAUGGAUAAUGUAAUUCAAGAUGGCCUGCUGAAGAGGAUUAUUUUGGGAAUUUGGUGAAUUCUCUAAUGUUUGGACUUCUGAAGUAAAAAACAAAGCUAUUACCGAAAGUUUAAUGAGGCCAUAGCAUUUUUUAAAGUCCCUAUUAUCUGCUAUUUAAAUUAUAUUUUUGUGAAUAUAAAAAUAUAAUUAAAAAAAUUUUGUUUGGUGGAAGACAGAUGAUGUUCAAAUUUCUUUUCCAUUAAGCACUUGUUUCUGGUGACGAAGAAUGAUUAGGUAAAGCGGUUAACAAUACAUUUUCCAAAGACACCAGAGGGUCAAUAUAAUACUGCAAAGCAGGACUGAAUCCCUUCUGCUGUAAAUACUGAAUUCGGCCUUGGUCAAUCAGCAAUUUACAAAGAUGCCCAAUUUUCUUCUUUUCUUCAACAGUAAGAAGCCUAAAUUGAGUAAACACACAGAACAUUAUUAAAAAAUUAUUGUAGUUACUUGUAUUUAUUGAGAAGCUGCUAAAUAACCCACAUUAUACAUAGGUGCUAUGUCCCAUGCUUUCAAACACAUUUUGUUUAUGACAAUAAAAAUGUGUAUAUUUUAACUUAUUCUAAAAUUAGAUUGUAAAAUAUAUUUUCAUGAAUAAAUUGUUGGUAAUAGUUAUCUAACAAGAAAGUACAGCAACAAUGAAAUAUUUCUCCUUUAGUGUUGCACAUUACAAAAGUAAUCACUUACCCAGGCAAAUCAGUGAUGUCAUCUGUGAUUCUGUAUCCUCCAUCAUCAUGCUUUUCAUUAUCAUCAUGCUGAUUAUCUUUUCUCUUUGUGAUAAUAUUUGAGGCUUCCAAAGAUGUUUUCCGCAUUCCACAAGUUGCCCAACUACUCAUUCGCUGGAAAUAGUGGAAUUCUACUGCUCCGAGGCCUAGAGCCCUGAAAUAUUCUUUGCCCACAUAAUGUCUCCAAUCACACCUGUGGUGACAACAGAGUGCAAUAACAAUGCCAGCCACAGGGGUCCACUUCUCUGGGACAUUUUUUUCAUUUCCUUCCUUGGCCAAAGUGUUAAUUUCAUUUUCUGUUUUAUCAUUCUUUAUGCGUUUGGCUAAAGGUUCUUCAUUCCUUUCCUCACAACUGGCAGCAUAGGUUUCAACCAAACAUCGUAAUGCAAGAUCUGCAAACACAAUUAUGUGGCCCCCCAAACCACAUUGUUUUUAAAAAUAAAUAUUUUUACAUUUAUUAAGCAGUAUGGCUUCCAAAAACCCAACAACAAAAACACAAAAACCUACUUAGCUUUAUACUUGUAAUAAUCCUAUCAUGAAUUAUCAACUUUGUU